AUGGCCGGCAGCCCCUCGUCCAGGGCGGACGCAUCCUCCACACCACCUGCAAAGGAUGGGGCGGACAAACAAUCCGGGUACAGCCCCAUUUUCGGGCUGAGCGAUGGGAAGAAGGACCCGAUGCCGCGGUGGCUGCCCAUCUCGCUGCUGGCAUUGACGACGACGGCGCUUGUUGUUCCGAUUGUGCUCUUGAGGCGGCAGCGGGCUGCGAAUGCGCUCCAGAAGUCAGUGGGAGGUGCGCCGCCCCCGCCGCGGAAGAAUGGUGCCGGUGGGCCACCGCCAACUCCACGGAGGUCUGUAUCAACUUCGAGUGCCGCACCGCCGCCUAGAGUGCCCUCGAGUAGGCAGACACCGCCUCCGAGGGUGCCUCCGAAGACGAGCACUAGACCCAUAGACCGCUCUGUUGCACCCCCCAUCGGUCCCUCACCGUCAUCUGUACCAACGGCCGCCGACGAUGACUUCAAUGGUGCGCUGUACUCUGCAAAAGCUUUCGGUAUAGCUACGCUUUUCGUGGGUGCAGGAGCUGUCAUCACUGUUUGGGGCGUGCAGCAACUUUUGGGCUUCCAGAAUACGCAAGAGUUCGCACAUCGCAUGCGGUUUUUCAUUAUGCAUCGCAUGCCGUUUCUGUCGUCCAGAAUUCACCGUCCUCCAAAUCCUGAGAAUAGUGGGGACGGCUCUGAGGUGCCUCGGUUGCGCGUUGACCAGGGGUCGGGCACUAUCGAAUGGACAUGGCCAGACGCCGAACGACGAUUGAAAACGGCAUACGAAGAAGGCGGCUUCAUGGGCUGGGCAGAAGCUGCACUCCAAGAGAUAGAGGCAGAAGGCGAGUUGGAACGGAGUAAAAGGGGACAAACGUGA